UGGUUAGAAGGUUUAAGUCUGUACUUAUUAGUAUAGGAACCUUCCCUUCGUCUCUCUUAACUUUCUAUUACACAGCCCACAGCGUUUCAGACGCGAGAAUUCUCCAACGCCGCAGCGUUACGGCGUGAAAGCUUCAGCUCGUUUACAUUGGCUUGUUACUUUCAGCUUCACUUACCACUCACAUUUGAAUAUCUGGUGCUGAUUGGAAUCAAGAUGCAGCCGCAGAGGUUGAAGAAGGCGAUAACUGAUAACCCUAAGAAGCUUGGUGAAUUGAUUGACCUAGUGAAUCUUCCAUCUACUCUACGUGACUUCGUUGGCCAGUCUCAGAGUUCUCGUCUUGGUUGUUUCAUGCGUGUCUGGUCUUACAUCAAGACCAACAAUCUUCAGGAUCCUAAGAACAAGAAUGUGGUGAACUGUGAUGAAAAGCUGAAGAGCGUUUUGCUUGGGAAGCCGCGAGUGGAGCUAGUCGAUCUUCCUUCUCUUAUCAAGUUGCAUUUCACCACCAAAGCACCCAACUCGAAUCCUCAAGAAAAAAGAAGAGCAUCCGUCUUUAAGUAAUACCUUUUGGUUUAUGUUUUGAAAGCUUUGCCUAUGACAUCAAAAUAGCAUCUUUAAUUAUUUUUGAGAAAGAUGGUUCUUUUACCAACA